AAUGUCUUCAAAUGUCUUGUUUUGUCCAAAACUUAAAUACAUAUUCAGUUUACUCCCAUGUGAAGAAACUAGAAAAAUUUCACAACAGAAUGUUUUUGUUAAAUAAAAAACGACUUAAACUGAUUAAUCAAUUAUCAAAAUAUUCAAUAAUGAAUUCAAUAGUUGACAACUAAUUAAUUUUUGCAGCUCUACCCUGAUUUAAAUUUUCUGACAUUUAAUAGUUCAAACAAUUAAUUGAUUAAUUGAGGAAAUAAUCCACAGAUUAAUUGAAAAUGAAAAUAGUCGUUGGUUGCCCUAAUCAAUAUUCUGUGCACCAUCUUUUCUCAAGCCCAGGACUUACUUUAGACAAUGAAGCCACGUGUCACACCUAACAAUCAUGGUCCUGUCUCUCUCCUUUGUGCCAUUAUCUGUCCUGGAGGUCAGUGAUGACAUCAUUCUGGUAUUGUCUGACACUUCCCAAUCCCUAACCAUAUUACCAUGGCAACAGGAAGAAAAGGCUCCACCUCGAAGGCCGGUGGGGUGCGUUUCCCUGACGAGCCUCCUGGCUCUCCAACACGAAAAGACAAUGAGUCAAACCUCUCUACUCUCAUUGCUAUCCCAGAGAAGGACGGCAGCUACUUGGUCAAGGCUGGUUUCCUGAAGAGCCACCACUUAUAUGAGAUUGUCUUCACCAUCCCAGAUGUCCCCACACUGGGCAAAGAGCUCUCCUGUCUUCCUUCCUCCUCUCCAACUCGGAGGUUCCCCAGCCUCCGGGUCAAUCGUAUCGACUCAAUAGUGGAGAGAGGAGUAAAGGUAACAUGUGAGUACAGGACUCACCAAGAGGGGGUGCUGCAGGAGGAGAUCACUCUGGUAACCAGAGGAAGAAAGGGCAGCAGUCUGAAGGUCAGAUUCCAGGCCAGGGUCAUUGAUCCACAACACGGGACUCCCAUGCUGCUGGAGGGGGUGAGGUGCCUGAGCGCUCGGAAAGACACCCACACAAAGCACAGCAGCGUCUGUGAGAAGAUAUGAUGAAAAGAUUCUUAAGUUUCAUGUGUAUUUAUCUAAAACAAUGUUAUUCAGUGACUGGCCCAGCAUGAUAGUAUAGAAACACUAAACUAUGGUCCCCAAAUUUGAAACAGCUUAAUUUGAGUGAUAAAAAAUAAUGUGUGGUACUAUGUUUUGCUAUAGUGAAAUUUCAAAAUAUUUGUUGGAAAAAUACAGGUCAAACAAAUACUGAAACGGUUUAAAAAUGCAGUAUCAUAGAAAAUAAUAGAAUACACUGUUAUUGUCUAGCCAAGGCUGGGAAAUCCCCUUCGGUCUCACCAGAGAAAGUGGAAACAUCACAUGACAUCAGAGGAUGUAAGCAGCGUGGAGUGAGAAAGAUUUCCCAUCCUUGCUUAAUAAGCUGUUUGUCAAGUGACGCAGGCAUGCUUCAAACUCAUGGUGUGAGCGGGAUGGAGCAGGUGACAAGGCAACACUUCAACUUAAAAUUUCGUCCAUC